CCCAUAAGCUGCCUCUCGCGCUCACUCGCAGCAGAGGGAGAAGCUCCUCGCGCUGAGCAGGUGAUCCAGAGACUUGGAUUUGAGGAGAAGACAGAGAAGCACCACCACCACCACCACCACCAUUAUUAUUAUUGUUGUUAACAGCAGCAGCAGCAGCAGCAUGCAGAUAUCCGGACUGUCUCUGUGGCUGUUUUGCCUCAUUCUGGGUCAGUCCCGCACUCUCGGCGGGAAAGUUAACAAGCACAAGCCGUGGAUAGAGACGUCUUACCAUGGUGUGAUCACAGAGAACAUGGACACGGUGCUGCUGGACCCCCCUCUGGUAGCCCUGGACAAGGAUGCCCCAGUUCCUUAUGCUGGGGAGAUUUGUGCCUUUAAGAUCCAUGGUCAGGAUGCUCCCUUCGAGGCGGUGGUUUUGAAUAGCACAUCUGGAGAGGGAGUCCUGAGGGCCAGUAGCCCUGUGGACUGUGAGAGCCAGAAAGAGUACACGUUCAUUAUCCAGGCAUACGAUUGUGGGGCCGGACCCAGCGGGGCGGACUGGAAGAAAUCCCACAAGGCCGUGGUUCACAUCCAGAUAGAUGACGUCAACGAGUUCUCCCCUGUGUUUCGGGAGUCACUCUACAAGGCGUCGGUGACAGAAGGCAAGAUCUAUGACAGCAUUAUGCAGGUUGAAGCGUGGGACCAGGACUGCUCACCACAAUACAGCCAGAUCUGCAACUAUGAAAUUGUCACAGCAGGGACGCCAUUCGCCAUAGACCGCAAUGGCAACAUCAGAAAUACAGAGCGACUGAGCUAUGACAAGCAGCAGAGCUACAAGAUUAUGGUUACGGCCUUUGACUGUGGUCAGAAAAGAGCAAAGGAGGAUGUGGCCGUGCAUAUUGAUGUCAAGCCUGUCUGCAAACCUGGAUGGCAAGGUUGGAGCAAACGUGUGGACUAUGAACCAGGGACUGGGAGCAAGCAGCUGUUUCCCAAGAUGCACCUGGAAACCUGUGGUGGUCCUCUGUCCGGUAUGAGGGCCAUGGUGGAGCUGCAGACCAAUCACAUUGGGAAAGGCUGUGACCGUGAAACAUACUCUGAAAAGUCUCUGCAAAAACUCUGCGGUGCAGCAUCUGGCAGCACUGACCUGCUCCCGGCCCCCAGCCUUUCCACCAACUGGACAGUGACUCUGCUGACUGACAGCGGACGAGACAGCGACCUGAUCUACAGGUUUGACGGGCGCCAGGCUGCCAAUGUUCCGGAUCACGUGGUGCCCCAGAAUCUAACAGACCAGUUCACCAUAGCAACCUGGAUGAAACAUGGGCCCAGUCCAGGCCUCAGAGCUGAGAAGGAAACCUUACUGUGUAACUCUGACAAGACUGAGAUGAACCGCCACCAUUACUCUCUGUAUGUGCACAACUGCCGCUUGGUGUUUCUGCUCAGGAGAGAUUUCACUCUAGUCGACACUUUCAGACCUGCAGAGUUCCACUGGAAACUGGAGCAGAUCUGUGACAAGGAAUGGCACUAUUAUGUGAUCAACGUGGAGUUUCCUGCCGUGACAUUAUUUGUUGAUGGCGUGACCUAUGAGCCCUACCUGGUGACAGAUGACUGGCCGAUCCACGCCGCAAAGAUUGAUACACAGCUGACUGUGGGCGCCUGCUGGCAAGGUAGUGAGGUAGCAACACCAAGGUUCACUCAGUAUUUCCAUGGCAGCCUGUCAGGUCUGACAAUCCGACCAGGCCGCAUUGAAACCCAGAAGGUUAUCUCCUGUUUGCAGGCCUGCAAAGAAGGACUUGAUAUCAACUCCCUUGAAAGCCUAGCUAAGGACAUCAAGUUCCACUUCAACCCUGCCCAGUCUGUGCUGGUGGUUGAAGGAGAGGAUGUGGACAGCAUCAACACGGCCAUGACCAAGGUCUCCUACAUCAACUCUCGCCAAUUCCCCACACCAGGCCUCCGACGUCUGCACAUCACCACCACAGUACAGUGUUUCGGGGAGGACACGUGUCUCUCAAUCCCGGACGUCAAAGCAGUUGUUAUGGUGCUGCCGCCCAGUGAACCGAGAAUCACAAUUACAGGAUCUAAUCGACUCGUCAGGCCUGCCGCUGACCUGCAGGGCCCCCUGGGUGUGGCACCCUUCAAAGAGCUUCAUAUCACCAGCACGGUGAUGAAGGGAGACGGCUUCGGUGGAGUUCGUCGCCAAGGUGUUAUGGAGGUGAUGCAUAACCUGGACUACUGUGACAUCCUGGUCAUUGGAGAGGAACUGAGUCCAGAGCGAGAGAGUCUGGAGAUUCAUCACAGUGUUUUGUUGGGGAAACAUCUGGAUGCCACCAACUCCACCUCUGGAAUUUCAAUAUAUGGUGUGGAUUCCAUGGCUCAUUACGAGCAGGCACUGAGACAAGUACGUUACAGGAACUGGCGACCCGCCACUCUGAGUGAGAGAAGGUUCAGACUCACCUGCUCUGAACUCAACGGACGUUACACCAGCAACGAGUUUAAUUUAGAGGUCAAUGUACUUCACCACUCAGCACCUGUGGAACAUGUCAAUCAUAUGGCCGCCCAGCCUCAGUACAUGAGACCUGUCCAUCACCCGCUCAUGAUACACACUCUUAACUCACACAUGUCAGGAUCAGCACCUCCAGCAGCCACAGUUGUUAUUGUGGUUUGUAUCGCCGCCCUGGUGGUGAUUGUGGUCAUUGGCGUGUACAGGAUCCACGCCACACACCAGGAGGGAUCCAGGGAGGAUGAGGAUGAGGUUAGAGAGCCUGAGGUGGAGUGGGACAACUCUGCUCUCACUAUAACCAUCAACCCCAUGGAGAACAUAAAAGACCCACAGGCUCUGGAUCAGCCAGUAAAAGAAGAGAACCACGAGGAGGAGGAACAAGGAAUGACAAGCGCUGAGUCAGACAACAGCGAUGAAGAGGAGGAAGAGCGAAAAGUGGUGAAAAUGAGGAAGCAAAAGGGAAAACUUGAGUGGGACAGUUCCUCCACAACAUACUGACCACACAUAUAUACACUAUAUACCCAGAUAUACACAACACUCUCUGCAAGUUUCGUUUCUAUUUCUUUGACUCUAUGAUUUUAUGUUGGUGAGCUGAAGGCAAAUUUCCACCUUGGUGGACAAUAACAUUCUAUUCUAGUCUAUUCUAUUCUAUUCUAUUCUAUUCUAUCUCCUCCACACACACACUCACUACGCUGGCUUUUCCUUCAUGCUUACUAAAGGUACACAAACACACGACCACAAAACAAAAUCGAAUGAAAUUAUUCCUUGGAAAUACAAAAGCAGCCCCUGUUAUAAUUUUAAUAAAACAUCUCCAUCUGCUGGACAAAAUAUGAACUACAGAAUAGGUUGAGAAUAAGUAAGCACAUGAUUACUCGCAUCGCAGUUUGGGCAGAGCGUUAUGUGAGCAAAGUUUUACUGAUGAAACAGAAUUAGAAACAAUCAAAAAUCAAAUCUUAAAUGGUGACACAAUCAUUUUUCAAUAACAUGUCAACAGACUGCUUUUUUUAUAUAUAUAUAUAUUAUUUCCUCUUAAAACAGAAUGAUUGCGAGGUGGUUACUUAUAAACAGAUGUAACAAUAAAAUGUAUCACCAUACAUAUUCAUUGAUAAAUGUAUCCAUAAAUGUUUUUAAUGUAAUUCCUUCUGCCUGUUAAGUAGAUAUAAAAUAGCUGUAUUGUCACUUGGUGUAUAACUUCUGUUCCCAUCUGUAACUCAGACCAGACACUUUUCUGUCUCGAUCAUCUGUGUGAGCAGUGCCGAGUGUCUCUACACACACAGUGCUGUGACAUUGUGACCUGGAACUUUUUUGUUUUUCUUUUUAACAGAUAUACUAAUACAGAGAUGACACUGUAAAUGUCCUUUGUUUUUAAAUCCGUAAUCAGGAGUCCUCUGUGCUGAUAUUGGCACAGUAAACAGAGCAGUACAGAGAAACCCUUGUGAUUUAAGCCUCAUGGGAGGAUGAAUGCAGCAGAUGCUGUCCACAUCAAUCUCAACCCAUUUAGUUUCUCACAUUCAUCUCUUUUAUUCCUGCCGAACAUCUGAAGUGAUCAGUUCCACAAACCUUCACUGCUUCAUUAUCUUAAUUGUUAAGAAGUAGUAAGGAGUACAAAUAUCUUACAAAUCUCAGUUCUGAAACAACUAUAGCUAAGCUGUGGCUCCCUAAUGUCACACGGCUAAUUAGCUCCACUAAUGUCCUCAAUGUCCUUACUGCUGUACGUCCAGUUACUGCAGACGUAUAAAAAUGUUUCCUCACAGCAUCAGUAAGCAAUGUUUGUUUGUUUGGUGCCCCUCAUUAGCAUGCAUCAUGAAUUGAUACCAUGGAAGGUUUUAGACCUUUUAUUUAUGAAGUUUUUCAGCACAUCAGAUAGAGAGUCACUAUUUAAACAGUGUGUGUGUCUUCAUGUUUGUGGAAUGUUUAAUUUGAUUUAAAAGUAGAGCAAAAUUUAGACUACCCUGCCACUACUGACCUCACCUCUAAAUUAUAAUACAGACUUAAUGUUAAAGCAAAGAUAAUCCUGAUUGUCGAUCCUCCGGGGUGUCAUGACACCAUUGUUUUGUGUUUUCAUUGCCCGAGUCAUAGGGAUCAGAGAAAGCUUGCUGGACGUUGUUAGGUAAAGUGCUCAUUAACUACUCCUCCAGAACCUGAUCACUGAUAUUGCUCCCGUCUUCCAUCAUUGCAGUAGAUAUAGUACAUCAGCUCAGACAUAAUCCCAUUUCAAUCUGGUGAGGUUGUCUUCAUUCACCUGAUGUACAAGAUCAUUUCCUCUCAGAGAAAUCUGCUGUUUCUCGCUAACAGAUGCGUCUCCUGUUCACCUCUCCCUUCCUCUGCCCUUAGAGCACCUGUGAUUGUGAUGUCAUCAUUGUGAAACAACUGCCUUGCCUCCCUUUGUCAUAUUGUGCUUCUGAAAGAUUAAAGGAAAAAAAAAAGAAGAUUCUUUUACAUAUAAAAAGAAAACUGUAAAAAUGUUCAGGACAUUUAUUUUAUAUAUCUGUUUCUUUUUCUUUUGUAAACAAAGUGGUCGGGAUUUCUCUCUGUCUCAUCCCACUGCUUUCUGUAUAUUGAUCAAUAAAGACUUGUUUUAGACUCUA